UUAGACCCCAACGUAUACGACCUUUUGAACCUUUUUAUAUGUAUAUAUAUAUACCUCUGUUACCUCAGUUUGAUACAUUCCUGGAACUGCAAUCAGGUUGUAAUAAAUAGGCUUUUUUUGGUUACAUUUUCCAGUCUGAACAAGAUGGACAAUCCAAAUAAUAUUGAGCUGGAGGGUGGAAAGUUUCUGCGUAAGUUUAUUCAAGAGUCUAAAGACGAGCCGACAAAAAUGGCUACAAAGCUUUAUGUGAUUUUACAACAUAUGAGAUCCAGCGGGAAGGAAGACUCAAUGCCCUUUAAAGUAAUAGCAAGGGCUAUGGAGACUAUUGUCAAGCAACAUGGUCUGGAUAUUGAAGCUUUAACAUCAUCACGUCAUCCUGUGACCGUGGGAGCACAAGUAGGAGAAGUUGCACUAUCACAAGUAGCUGGGUCUUUACAGAGGGUUGAGGUCACAAGAAACAUGACAGUAAAUUUUCUGGGAAAUGAGAUGGUUAAAGCAGAUGUAUAUGCUUCUAACGGUGCAGUUAGUGGUUCCAGUGGCAGCGGACAUGGUAUUUAUCGAGCAUCUGGAAUCCACAUAAGUGGUCAUCCUCGAUCAGCUACAGAGGCUACACAGGAUAAAGGAGAUGCAAUGCAAUCUGGUAUCCUAUUUGACAUGCCCAAUUCUUUUGAAAUAGACCAAUAUCAACCAGCCGCAGUGGCUACACUGGAUAAUGGAGAUACAAUGCAACUUGAUGCAUUUUUUGACGUGCGCGACUUUAUUGAGUUUGGCCAACCUCUAUCAGCUACAAAGGAUAAAGGAGAUGCAAAUCUUGUAGACUCGAAUCAAACAACUACAACAUGUAUUGCUGAUAACAGAAGACAUUCUCCUACUUUAGACGAUGAUGUUGCUAGAUCUCCACCCGGAUUGGAAUUGGGGAUAGGGACACAGACUGUGCAGCUAGGUUCAGAACAUCAUCAAGUAGAUGAUGUAGAAGUUGAUGCGAGGGACCUCCAAAGGAAUGUAGUACAUGCUGAUUUGGAGAAGCAAAACAAGACGAAGAGGAUAAAAAGAGAAUACGGAAUAACUCUGGAGGUUCUAAAGCAACAUUUUGGAAAGAAGCUUACUGAUGCUGCUAACAGCUUGGGGGUUGCACGAAGUACAUUGAAGCGCAUAUGUAGAGACUAUGAGAUUUACCGUUGGCCACGUGUUAAAUCAAGAAAGCAUAAUUGCUCCCUCUCUCAAGCGGAGUUACUACAAGUUGAUAGACAACCUUCAGAUUCUGGUGUGAGACACCAACAAUAUGUUGAUUUUUCUCCUAGAAGUGGCCCAAAAUCCGCAACAAAUUCAAAGGAAUUGCAUGUUACCAUGCAAAGUGAGAAUUUCAUAAGCGUUAAGGUAACUUAUGGAAAUCGAACAGUGAGGUUCCCACUCUCAUUUUCAUCAGGGAAAAGGGAUUUGGAAGAAGAAGUAGAAAAGAGAAUAAAGUUAGUUGGAAAUUCGUCGAUCAGGUAUGAAGAUGAAGAGAAAGAUUUGAUACUGAUAACUUGUGAUUCGGACUUGCACUAUGCAAUGCACACAUUAAGAUCAUUAGGUAGGACCAUCAUAAAGAUGUUGGUGGAGAUUGAACCUGGGACUACAAUCACAUAAUUGACUCCUGUUAAAGUCUCAUCUCCUCCCAUUAACAAAAACAACUUCCACGUGUUUGUCUCAUAAAAAAAAAAGGAAUCAAGUCCGCACGUGAAGUGACAUGUUUGAAUACAAAGCAUAUCUGUCAAGACAAGUGGAAGUACUAAUUCAAGAAGCUCCACAAUAAGUACUUUGACUGACCAACAAGAUGCUGAUACAAAAGAAUUUACCACUGAUACUUAUAACACAAUUGAAGGAACAAAUCAGGAAAAGCAUAAACCAUCAGAUCAUAGGCCUAUUGAGGGCAAGAGAGAUGCAAAAUCUCAACCAGAAGAGCAAAAUAAAUGCACAUUGAAGAAACCAGGAAUACCAAAACCAUAUAAUGAAGUUGCAGCAAAAGACAUUGAUCAUCUAAGUACUAAUUGGGAUACAGAAAAACACGAUGGUCACAAACGUGCAGCGAGUGAGACUUCAGUAAUGGCUACACUGAAUUUGUUACAAGGGAAGAACAAUGUGGGAAUUAGUAUGAGCAAUGAAAGGGCAGAAACACUAGAGUCAUUACUUGAACUUUGUGCAGAGUUACUUAAGCAUGAAAAGAUAGAGGAAUUAGCUGGUGUGCUAAAACCAUUUGGAGAAGAAGCUGUUUCUUCUAGAGAAACUGCAAUUUGGUUGACAAAAGGAUUAAUGAAUCUUCAAAACCAAGGUGAGGAAACUCAGAGUGCAUGGGUUCCUUGACAAAUUUCUUGUCAAAUGUAAGCAUUUGAUUCUUGUUUUUGAAUUGAUCUUGAAUUAAUGCUUGUAGAUAAAAGCUUAAAAACGGAUGAAAAGGUCAAAGGAAAUACUCUUAAAGAGGCAAGCACUUCACAAGAAAACAA